AGAGACCACAAUUUGUAUUUAUUGAUCUGCAUAUUUCUAUGAAGAAUGCCAAAAGGUGUUAAGCUUUAAUAAACUGCUGUCUUACCUUCUUUGUUGAAGUAAAUAAACAUUACUGAAAGUUUUAAAAGAACUUGUAGCAAAUUGUUUUUGAGCUAGAGCUUUAUUUUAAAUUUAAAAUGAGCACAAAUAUUGGUAACUGGCCUUUAAAUGUAUCCACAAUAUAUUUGUAUAAAAUUUAUUUUUUGUUACUUUACUGUCCCUCUAAUAGCCAACAAUACCAUAACAAUACUAUGCUAUUGUGUGUAAAACAAAAUAGACUUUUUAAAAAGUUAUGCACAGGUGUUUAUCAUCAAUUUCAAGGGAAAAUCAUUAUUUUUGAAAUAAGCACUUUAUUUUAAGUGCUUAAAAUAAAAUGACGUGCACAUUAAGACAUAUUCUUAUUAAGAUAUUCUCUGGUGUGUAAAAUGAAGCCAUUCAUUCAACAGACUGACAACUUUCCACUUGGUAUUUGCCUUUGCUUAAUUUAGUUUCCGCAGGACAGCGAGUGUGGUAGUCUGCAUCUGUUUUUGGCAGGCAAAGAAAACUAUAAACUCAGACGGUUCUGUCCCAAAUAGUGCAGCUCACAAGUUACAAUCAAUUUGAUAAAAGCAGCCAAGUUUUAUGGACUUGCUUUCUGUUGUUCAUCCUCGGUGAAGCGUUCAGGUAACUGAGGUUUCUUUCUCUCUCCCUUUUGCUGGUUCUAACUACUAAUACCAUCGAUAACUAAUUCUGAGUCUUGUUUACUCCUUUCUCGUAUUUAUUUCUUAUUGAAAUGUGGAGAAAUUAAUGGCAGCAUAUCGAGACUUGGUUUUACCUUCUGGUAACUACAUUCCUCUUUUAAUAUCCUACAGAAAGAAGUAGAUUUUUUUUUUGUUUCUAUAAUCAUAAUGAUUUAUGGAAUUGUAGGGUCCCCCUUAGAUAAAAUAUGAAGGAACUCUUCUAGCCUUCGCCAAGUAGAAAUUUAAUCUGCUUUUCGAAGGGUACUCGUAAUUCUUACGUAUCGAGGGGUCUAAUGCACUUUGUAAUCGUUUACAUUGAAAAAAUUGAGCAGAGUUUUGGUAGUUAUCAAAAGUAUGUAUCUCCUAAAAAACUUUAACCCACUGGUGAAAGUAAAUAUGCUAAAAUGCCAAGUGUUGUUUUAUACUACUGUUCAGUAGCAACCAGGGCUGCUGAGGGAAUAGCCACUUUAAAAAAUUUGUCCUGGAGUAGAAGUGGGUCUUAAGCCGUUUGUUUAUUUGUGUAGGAUAUUUGAUUAAUUAUAUAGGGCCCUUGCAAUGUCUUCAGUGUUGAUCUUAUGGUCAUCUUUAGGCUUGUGUCCUAUCACCCCGUGGUUCUCUGAUCCCUGGGAAUGGAGUUUGUUGGUCUUUGGUUUGGUUCUCUGAUGGCUAUAAUAAUGUAGAACUUGAUUUAAGUUAGAAAGAGAACUUUUAGAGUUAAGGAAACCUCACUGAAUUUGAAGAAGAAUCUGUGAUAAAAAUAAUUUAAAAUGUUAAGAGUUAGAUGAAGAAAUCUGACUGGUUACUUAGCAAUGCCUACUUUUUUGUCAUCCCACUUUUUUUUUUUUUCUUCUCAAGAGCACAAAUACAAGUAGCAAAACAAAGAUGAAAUUAUCUAUGUAUUUCCAAUUUGAAGCAUCAUUGGAAAUCAUUUUAUGAUUGAGAGCUAUGAUUGAAAUACCCAUAACAUCCAGACACUUCAAAGAAGACAUGAAGGCUACGCUUUUUCGUUCCUAAUUUUGCCUCAAACCACUCGGCACCACUUCUGCUCCAAGAAUCCACCACUCUGUUGGAUCCUGAGCCAUUGAGGAUGACACUUUCUGUUAUAGAAUGAACUGCAGUAUUGUUUGAACAAAGAUGUACAGAUCAGCUCUCAAAAUGUCUUCUGUGUCUUCCCAGCGUCUUCUCAGACAGUUGCGUUAGCCUCCUGCUAGUUGACUAAUAGGAUUAAUACUUGUAGAAAGCAUUCUAAAGCCACAUGCCUUAUGAAGUCAGUGCUGGGUAUGACUUUACAAAUAUGGUCCGGAAAAAGAACCCCCCUCUGAGAAACGUUGCUAGUGAAGGCGAGGGCCAGACCCUGGAGCCUAUAGGUACAGAAAGCAAGGUAUCAGCAAAGAACAAAGCAUUUUCUGCAGGUCAGAUGUCAGAAAAUACGGAACAGAGUGAUGCUGCAGAACUAAAUAAUAAGGAGGAACAGAACUUGCAUGUUCAAGAUCCAUCUUCCAGCAGUAAGAAGGACUUAACAAGCUCAGUCCUGAGUGAGAAGCCUGGCUUCAAUUAUGAAAGCCCCAGUAAGGGAGGAAACCUUCCCUCCUACCCACAUGAUGAGGUGACAGAUAGAAAUAUGUUGGCUUUCUCAGCUCCAGCUGCUGGGGGAGUCGGUGAGCCCUUGAAGUCUCCUCAAAGAGCAGAGGCAGAUGACCCUCAAGAUAUGGCCUGCACCCCAUCCGGGGACUCCUUGGAGACGCAGGAAGACCCUAAGAUGUCACCAAAGGCUGCCGAGGAAACAGGGCAAGCGCAGAGUGGUCAAGCCAAUUGUCAAGGCUCGAGCCCAGUUGCAGUGGCCUCCAAAAACCCACAAGUGCCUUCAGAUGGGGGUGUGAGACUGAAUAAAUCCAAAACUGAUUUAUUGGUAAAUGACAACCCAGACCCGGCACCUCUGUCUCCAGAGCUUCAGGACUUUAAAUGCAAUAUCUGUGGAUAUGGUUACUAUGGCAACGACCCCACAGAUCUGAUUAAGCACUUCCGAAAGUAUCACUUAGGACUGCAUAACCGCACCAGGCAGGAUGCUGAGCUGGACAGCAAAAUCUUAGCCCUUCAUAACAUGGUGCAGUUCAGCCAUUCCAAAGACUUCCAGAAGGUCAACCGCUCCGUGCUUUCUGGUGUGCUGCAGGACAUCAACUCUUCAAGGCCUGUUUUACUAAAUGGGACCUAUGAUGUGCAGGUCACUUCAGGUGGAACCUUCAUCGGCAUUGGACGGAAAACACCAGAUUGCCAAGGCAACACCAAGUACUUCCGCUGUAAAUUCUGCAAUUUCACUUACAUGGGCAACUCUUCAACUGAACUAGAACAACAUUUUCUUCAGACUCACCCGAACAAAAUCAAAGCUCCUCUCCCCUCCUCUGAGGGUGCCAAACCUUCAGAGAAAAACUCUAACAAGUCCAUCCCUGCACUUCGAUCCAGUGAUUCUGGAGACUUGGGAAAGUGGCAGGACAAGAUCACGGUCAAGGCGGGCGAUGACACUCCUGUUGGCUACUCAGUGCCCAUCAAGCCCCUUGAUUCCUCGAGACAAAAUGGUACAGAGGCCACCAGCUACUACUGGUGUAAAUUUUGUAGUUUCAGCUGCGAGUCAUCUAGCUCACUGAAGCUGCUAGAACAUUAUGGCAAGCAGCACGGAGGAGCGCCAUCCAGCGGCCUGAACCCAGAAUUGAAUGACAAGCUUGCCAGGGGCUCCGUCAUUAAUCAGAAUGAUUUGGCCAAAAGUGCAGAAGGGGAGCCCAUGACCAAGGCAGAGAAGGGCUCCAGCGGGACUAAAAAGAAGGACUUCUCCAGCAAGGGGGCGGAGGAGAAUGUGGUGACCAGCUACAACUGUCAGUUCUGCGACUUCAGAUAUUCCAAAAGCCACGGCCCCGAUGUCAUUGUCGUGGGGCCACUCCUCCGUCACUAUCAGCAGCUCCAUAACAUCCACAAGUGUACCAUCAAGCACUGUCCAUUCUGUCCCAGAGGCCUCUGCAGCCCAGAAAAGCACCUUGGAGAAAUCACUUACCCGUUCGCCUGUAGAAAAAGUAAUUGUUCCCACUGCGCGCUCUUGCUUUUGCACUUGUCUCCUGGGGCGGCCGGGAGCUCGCGAGUCAAACACCAGUGCCACCAGUGUUCGUUCUCCACCCCCGACGUGGAUGUGCUCCUCUUUCAUUACGAGAGCGUUCACGAGUCCCAGGCAUCGGACGUCAAACAGGAAGCCAACCAUCUGCAAGGAGCAUCGGACGGGCCGCCGGCUGUCAAGGAAAGCAAGGAACACUCAUGUACCAAAUGUGAUUUCAUUACCCAGGUGGAAGAAGAGAUUUCCCGACACUACAGGAGAGCGCACAGCUGCUACAAAUGCCGCCAGUGCAGCUUCACCGCGGCCGACACGCAGUCACUACUGGACCACUUCAACACUGUUCACUGCCAGGAGCAGGACAGCACUACAGCCAACGGCGAGGACGACGGGCAGGCCGUCUCCACCAUCAAGGAGGAGCCCAAGAUUGACCUCAAGGUCUACAGUCUGCUCAGUCCAGACUCUAAGUUGGGAGAGCCCGUUCCCGAGAGUGUGGUGAAGAGGGAGAAGCUAGAAGACAAGGACGGGCUCAAAGAAAAAGUUUGGACCGAGAGCCCCAGUGAUGACCUUCGCAACAUGGCUUGGAGAGGGGCAGACAUCCUCCGGGGCAGCCCGUCCUUCACUCAGACAAGCCUGGGGCUCCUGACACCGGUGUCCGGCCCCCAAGAGCAGACCAAGACUCUCAGGGACAGCCCCAACGUGGAAGCUGCCCACCUGGCCCGCCCUAUGUAUGGCUUGGCUGUGGAGACCAAGGCGUUCCUGCAGGGGGUGCCGGCAGGCGGAGAGAAGUCCGGGGCCAUCGCCCAGCAGUACCCUCCAUCUGCAGAAAGCAAGUCCAAGGAUGAGUCCCAGUCCCUGUUACGGAGGCGUAGAGGCUCGGGUGUUUUCUGUGCCAAUUGCUUGACCACAAAGACCUCUCUCUGGCGAAAGAAUGCAAAUGGCGGAUAUGUAUGCAACGCGUGUGGCCUCUACCAGAAGCUUCACUCGACUCCCAGGCCUUUAAACAUCAUUAAACAAAACAACGGUGAGCAGAUUAUUAGGAGAAGAACAAGAAAGCGCCUUAACCCAGAGGCACUUCAGGCUGAGCAGCUCAACAAACAGCAGAGGGGUGGCAGUGAGGAGCAAGUCAACGGAAGCCCCUUAGAGAGGAGGUCAGAAGAUCAUUUAACGGAAAGUCACCAGAGAGAAAUUCCCCUCCCGAGCCUGAGUAAAUAUGAAGCCCAGAGUUCAUUGACUAAAAGCCAUUCUGCUCAGCAGCCAGUCCUGGUCAGCCCAUCUCUGGAUAUUCACAAAAGGAUGCAACCUUUGCACAUUCAGAUAAAAAGCCCUCAGGAAAGUACUGGAGACCCAGGAAAUAGUUCAUCUGUAUCGGAAGGGAAAGGAAGUUCUGAGAGAGGCAGCCCCAUAGAAAAGUACAUGAGACCUGCAAAACACCCAAAUUACUCACCACCAGGCAGCCCCAUCGAAAAGUACCAGUACCCCCUUUUUGGACUCCCCUUUGUACAUAAUGACUUCCAGAGUGAAGCUGAUUGGCUGCGGUUCUGGAGUAAAUAUAAGCUCUCCGUUCCUGGGAACCCGCACUACUUGAGUCAUGUGCCUGGCCUACCAAAUCCUUGCCAAAACUAUGUGCCUUAUCCCACCUUCAAUCUGCCUCCUCAUUUUUCAACUGUUGGAUCAGACAAUGACAUUCCUCUAGAUUUGGCGAUCAAGCAUUCCAGACCUGGGCCGACUGCAAACGGUGCCUCCAAGGAGAAAACGAAGGCACCGUCAAGUGUAAAAAAUGAAGGUCCCUUGAAUGUAGUAAAAACAGAGAAAGUUGAUAGAAGUACUCAAGAUGAACUUUCAACAAAAUGUGUGCACUGCGGCAUUGUCUUUCUGGAUGACGUGAUGUAUGCUUUGCAUAUGAGUUGCCAUGGUGACAGUGGACCAUUCCAGUGCAGCAUAUGCCAGCAUCUUUGCACGGACAAAUAUGACUUCACAACUCAUAUCCAGAGAGGCCUGCAUAGGAACAAUGCACAAGCAGAAAAAAAUGGAAAACCUAAAGAGUAAAACCUUAGCACUUAGCACAAUUAAAUAGAAAUAGGUUUUCUUGAUGGGAAUUCAAUAGCUUGUAAUGUCUUAUGAAGACCUAUUAAAAAAAUACUUCAUAGAGCCUGCCUUAUCCAACAUGAAAUUCCCUUCUCUUAUGAUUCUUUCUUUUGAUGAGUAGGUUACCAAGAUUAAAAAGUGAGACUAAUGGUCAGUGAGAAAAAAGAAAGGAAGAUGGUAAAUAGUCACAAACCUCGUAGGUCAAAAUCAUCUUGGUGAAUGUGUACUGUGGCAAUGAUCCAUAAGAAGUACCACCAGACUAUAAUUAUUAGAUUUGUAAAGAAAGAGAUCAGAGCUGUCUGGAAUUUGAAAGGGUUUACAUACCAUGAGUCUAAAGCAGUGUUGGGCUGGCCAUUGGCCCAUGUAUUCAAAAACCCAUAAAACGUUGCCUAAAUUUAGAAGUAUCAUGAAAUCCUAGGCGGAGCAGGAAAAAAAAUCUAAUCUCCGGGGCUGUGAAAGGAAAAUGGCGCCCUCUUAGAUCAGUCUCCUCUCAUUGACCAUGUUUCAGAAUUAGACCUAGAAAUGUGAGCUGCGGUGAGGCUUGGUGAGAGAUUGGCAAGAAUGUGACAGCCGAUGGCACGAUGCUUUUGGCCAGCCCUUCCUGUACAUACACAUGCACACCCUCUCUUGAUAUUUUUGUCCUUUAGAUGUUCGAAUACGCCUUUUGAAAGUAGUCCUUUUGUUUGCCAUUUAGGUUCAUUUUGUCCAAAUAUAUAUGCAUUUUUAAAACCAAUGUCCUCAGUGCUUACGUAGUAAUUUUCAUUGUAGCCAGAUAUUUCUUUCUUGUACGCGAUGAACCAGUGUGGAUUUGUUUAUUGAAGCCGCCUCUUGGUCACUAAUCUCACUUGGCACAUGAUAACUAAAGGGAUCCCCUCACUUCAAAAGACUAGAUGGAUACAAAAGUUUAGACCAUGGGCUUAAUUCGUUUAGAACACAUGGUAUUUCUCCACAAGGUAACCUGCUGUAUUUAUUUAUUUUCUUUUGGUUAAAUAUAAUUUCCAAACUUUGUGGUCAGGCAGUGUCUAAGGUCACGUUACCACAGACUGACGGUGUGUGUACCAAUCAAUUCCUUCAUUAGAUUUAUACAGGUUUAGUUAAGUAGCAUUAAAUAGGAUAGGAUUCUUAGAAGUAUGUCUUCAUAUUUCUUUUAAUACUUAAGGCUUUGUAAAACUAUCCAUGAAGGGAAAGCUCCUCAGCAUAACUGCUCAGGGAAAUAGGGCUAAAUAACUGAACAUUAAAUAAUUGGUUAAAGGUGCUGUUAGUCGAGCCUCAAUGCUUGCUACAAGGAUGUAUGUACAAGGACUGACUUUAAUAAUUUGCAUUAUAUUGUCCCAACCAGUAGUUUAUUUUUUGCCACAGAGAUGUAGAAGAUAUUACAAGCUACUGGAUGCACUGUCAGAUUAACUUAUUUCAUUAAAGAAGUUGGGAGAACAAAUAGGAAAAAAAAAAACUUAUUUUUCUAGUAAAUAUUAAUGUAUUACAUUUCAAAUAAUGGUGCCUGACAUAUUGAAUAAUUAUUUUCUACAGUGUACGUAUGCAACAAAGAUAUUCCAUCAUGCAUUAGAGUCAGUUCUGGCUCUGCCUAGCUGUUUACAUUUGCAAAUGUAGCAAACAAGGUAAUGAAGCAACUAUUUCUAUUGCGGUAGAUAUCUUUUUGUGUGUGUGUGUGUGUGUGUGUGUGUGCGUGCGCAUUAAAAUUGUAAACGGUAACAUGAAACAAAUGAAAGUUCUUGAUAUAAUGGUAUGGAAAACAAGAAGGAAAUGAAAAUAUUUUUAUGCCUACUUAGAAAAAAAAAAGGGUAGCACUAUUCAUUCCAAGUACUUUUUUUUUUUAAUUUUUAAGCUCUUAACUCACAUUGUUAUGCUUAAAAUGAUAAACAUAUAUCCUCUUUUUAUUGCUUUGUCUAUGUUUCAGAUGAAACAUUUCAGAAAUUAUUUUGAUGAGUGCUGCUGGGACCUGCAGCACUGAUGUUUUUUAUUGCAUUCUUGUAGUCGCAUUUGCACUCCGUUUUUUACAUUAAUUCGCAGUUGCUUUGUAUUGUUUUGUUCUGUUCUGUUUUGGGUUUUGUUUCUUUUUCUCAAUGCCAGGUCUUCGGUUUUUAGAGUUGGAUGGCAGGCUGAGUUCAACCAGUUCGUGACUGUUGUAGUGAAUGAAGUUAAACAUGUCUUUCUGAUGUUGUGUUGUCAUUUCCAUUCUUGCAUUUUCGUUUUCAUGUAAAGAGAGACAGAGAGAGACACAGAAAGAAAGAACGAAAUCAGGACUAAGCCUUCUGCUUCGGUUUCAUUUUUAAAGGGCUCCAUUCUGAUCUCACCUAUUGCGUAGCUCUAAUAUUCACAUAAACUGAAAUCAAGAAAUGGAAUGAGGAGCUCUGACAUCCAAAUGAUGUAAUGUAUCUUUCUUAGGAAUUUAAUGAAUGCAUCUCAGUUGUACAGGCAGACUUGGGAGGUGGCAAGCAAAGACCUAAAAAAGAGAUUUCCCAAACAAUAACACCGCAUUUAGUUUUCUUAAUGCAAAGACUGGUAACCGAGUGCACUCUGGCAAACCUCAAGCAACAUUAUAUGUGGACUGCUCAAAUCAGCAAAACACCAGAAGUUUGGUUAAGUUGGACAAUUAUACAGGUAUGACUGUUGGGGUAAAACGACUCCAUCAGCACUUUCUUCAGUGUCAGACACAAAUAGGUUGUUCACUUUUGGCAUCUUAUGUCUUUUUAUUUUCAUGUGAUUUUCUUUUUCCUCAGACAGGUUGGUAGUAAUGUUUAGCAUUGGAAAAUACAUAUCACUAUUCUUGGACUAUUUAUAGUCAAUCCACUUUUGGUAGAAUAUUCUUGGAUAGCAUUGACAUGCUAGAUCUUAUUUCUUUAUUCUUGAUUUUUUUUCAUUUUUGUUUUUGUUGUUUCAUAUUUUGAAGGAGAAGAGAUUGACCUUUUCUGAAAAAAUGAAAAUCUAUCAUGACACUAAAAUACCCCUUAUUUUUUUUAUUAAUGAGAGCCUUUCUUCCAUCUUUCAAAAUAGAUUACAAAAAUGAUUGGUUAUUAUUUUUUACUUUAUUUGGUUUUAAGAUGUCAUUUGUCUUAAGUUGUGAUUUUUCAAUGAGCUGUUUAGGUACUUAAUUUCUUUUGAGGACUUUCAAGAAGAUUUAAGAAUCUUCCCCUCUUGGAAAAAGCUUCCCAAACUCUGAUGAAAACUAUAUGCCAGCUAAAAUUGUAUGCCAUUUAAACACCGUAAGUCUCUUAAAAUCCCUAGUCUAUAUUCGACUUUAGGCCAGGAUCAGCUCAUACAUUCUCAUUCUCCCUUUUCUCAUUCUUUCUCCCUUCACCUCUCACCCAUAAUCAUGUUGUUGUUAGGGAUUGAAAAAUCAUAGCGAGCCAGCCCACCUCACAAGGUUGUGGAUUGCGAGACACUACACGACUCUAUGUGGUGAGAAAAGGAUGGAGCCUAAACGUUCACAUGUUAACUCUGCAGUUCAAAAGGGAAAGAGUGUGCCCUUCUUUCCACGUGACAUAUUGAGAUGUUCUUUUAAAUAAAAUCAACUUUGAAGAUAGUGAUGUUUUGUUCUAAACUGUUCUCUUUUAGUAAAGGUAGAUUUUAGAAAACAAGCAUGGUGAUUCUUUUCUAAGAUAAUAUUAAUGAGAAGAAGAAAAAAGUGAUUAUCAUUAACAGCUCUUUGUUGAAGCCUGUGGUAGCACAUUAUGGUUGCACAUGUGCACAUAAUCUAUUAUGAUCCAAUGCAAAUACAGCUCCAAAAACAGCAAAUGUAUAUAUAUUUUUAAAUGCCUGAGGAUAGACAUUUUUCUUAAUAAAUUUAAGAGUAUCAAUACUGCUAUUAAAAUCAUUAUUAGCCUCCUGCUGUGAGGCUGUAAAACAUCACCAAGUGACGUGUCUUGAGACCUCUGGACUGCCUGUGCCUGUUUAGUUAGUGAACAUUAACCCAGCUCUGGAGGGGGAAUGUCUGCCAUCCAUCGGUGGAAGUAUGGAGCCCAGAAGCUGGUUUUCAGCUUCUGGGCUGCAUGCCAGCCUUCUGCCUGAAGUUGACCUGAACUACAGCUUCCUGUCUUUAGGUUGAGGGCCAUGACAGAAAACACAAGACAUCUUUGAACAAGUAGGUAAAAGCUUACCUUCCUAGAUCACAGGAGAAAAUGGAGGAACUGAAAUUCAACCUGAAUAUGAAACUAAAUAUGCUAACCAAAGGUAGGUACAAGUAGGUGGAAUUCUAUCAGCAGGCAACUGUGCAUUGAAAGGAGAAUAGAAAGACAUGCAUCAAGACCUUGAAGGGCUGUGCUCUUUUCCCAAAGAAAGACUUGGCCAAGGGCAGAAGGUGUGGCUUCUUUGAAGAGCACUUCCUUUUGGUUUUCCAAUUACUGUUUCUUAGACAGUGGACUCACGUGUUCCUGAUAGCGGUGCAAUUGUGUAGAAAGUAUCCAUGGUUAUUUGCAGUAAUUAGGACCUCCAGAAGAUACUAGGGCAGAGCGUGUCAAGUCAGGGAUGAAGAAAAUGUGAAAUUCAACAUUGAUCCAUACACAGAAACUGGAUAAUGUGUGCUCAUGUGUUGUUCUCUUGAAAGGAAAGGUAGAGCUGUGAGCUUCACUCCAUCCUGCACCAGAGAAGAGCAAGAGUAACUUUACAUGGAAAUGUUACUCACCAGAGAAAACGAUCCUUCAAGUCCCAAAACUGUAUUCUGAUUUUACCCCUGGUUUUCUCUUCAUUAUAUGACCUGCAGCAAAUCACUUUUUCUUUUUGUGCCUCAGGUUCCUCACCUGUAAAAUGGAAAAAAAUAUAUAUUAAUAAUAAUAUUAAUAAUAAUAAUAAUGGUAAUGUAGUACUUGUUUGUAAAGCACUUUGAGAUCCUUGGUUGAAAGGCACCAUGGGAGUGCCAAGUAUUAUUAUAUGGCCAAGGGACUUAUUUAAACUCUCAGUUCCCAAGGGCCAGGAAAGAUUGGGGUCAUUUGUGUUAGAGAUGAGCUGUAAAUACCAUAACUAGACAGCCUAUAGUGUUGGCUAUGAAGAGGCAAAACUAUUACAAGGCUGAUAAAACAAUAGUUUUUUUAAUGGCUACCAAGGCAGAUAUCACAAUAAGAAAUGCCAAAUUCCUUCGGGUGGACAAUUUGACAACAUGGAUAACUUGGGGGGUGGGAUGGGAUGGGAAACAUCUCAAAAUGCCAAUGUAAAAUUAACUUAUAGCAAUAUUCACCAGCAGAAAAUGUCUUUCUUAUGGAAUGAUUUCAUGUUGCUAAGAAUAAAUUCAAUUUGUAGUCCUGAUUUGAAUAUUAGAAUGUUGGCUAUAAUAGUUCUGUUCUUACAACACAUGGAAUUUUUUUUUGUUUUAUUUAAUUUUGUUUUCAUAGUGCAUGUUCAUUUCUACUCACAAACAUGUUCUUGGUGUAUUUCUUAUGCAAACAAUCUUCAGGCAGCAAAGAUGUCUGUUACAUCUAAACUUGAAUAAUAAAGUUUUACCACCAGUUAUA